UUAUGGAAUCAAAAGCAAUACAAUAUGAUAGUUUACAUUUUAAACCAUAAACAUAUAAUAUACGUGCGACUGAAAGCCUUGUUACGGGAAAUGAAGCUUCUUAUCAUCUGUGUUUUUAUUUGGAUUGCAAACAACGAUGCAAAUCCCUGUAGCGUUCGGUUGACAUCGAAGUUGAAAACUGUAAAUCUAGGAACGAACAUUACCCUUACGUGUCAUGUGUGCAAUAUAUCCAAAUUAAGCCGAAUAGAUUAUUUUAACAACACUGACAAACGUAUUGCGUCUGUUGUUCUUGGAUUUCCUAGUAUUGUUGACAAACACUUACACGCACUUAAAGUCACACAAUACGGAGAGGCGAUAUCGGAAGUGGAUUUGACAAUUUAUAAUUUUUCAUCUUCAUCAGUUGGGGAAUAUAAAUGUCUUAUCGACAAUGUGAUCAAAUCGUCGCUGUCAUUGAAUUACGCAGUUGCAGUGGAAUAUGUAACGUUGACUCCCACCACUCCGACAUAUUCCGUUCUAAGCAACGCUUCUUUCGCCAAGUUGAAGUGUGCAACAUCCGUAAGUCGCCCAAUACCCACGAUUACGUGGUACACGAAUAACAGAAUGUAUUUGAAUGGUUUCUCCGAAAAUGUGGAGCUUACUGUCAAUAGCAGUAGUGAAACGAUAGGGGAUGUGACGACUAGCACUCUUAACAUAACGCAUAUCACAGCAUAUCACGGGGCAAAAUUUUAUUGUAAUGCAUCAAAUGGAUAUGGCGAAAUACAGUCCAGCAAAUUAACUAUAGAUGUGUUAACUUUUCCAACAAAACCACAAAUCCUAUACAAUGAAAGCAGCGUAGAUGAAUCUAUAUCCAUCUUGCAAAACGAUACUUUGCAUCUUCAAUGUUUAUCAAGUGGUAAUCCAACUCCCAACAUAACAUGGAGUCUUCCAGACAAAACACGUGUACCAAACAAGUUUUUGACAAUGGAAAACAUAAACGUCUACAACCAAGGACUAUUUACAUGCACUGCUGAAAGUACACUUUUGCCAACAGAUCUGUCGGGACUGACUUUAUCAAACAGGACAGAAUUACAUGUCCAAGUUUUCCAUGCGCCCUUAUUCCCACUAUGCCUUAUCGGAAAUACCAAUGUUACAUUAAAUGCGAUUCGAAGUGUAAAUGGUGAACCGUUUGGAAUAAAGUGUACCAGCCAAAGUACCCCUCCUGCCUCUAACUAUACUUGGAUACUACCAACGGGUGAGAAACAAAAUGGACAACAGCUCAGACUACAGUUUGCCAGCAACGAAACGUACAACUUGGAGGUUACAAAUAUAAUGAAUGCAACUUUUUCGCAUCAAAUCGUUAUUGGAAAGUUUGAACUCUCGUUCACAUUUGAUAUACUGUAUUCUGUGACAGAGCUCUUCAUCUUCUAUCAAGAUUUGAAUCCACGUCUUAUUAAUAGUCCGAGUAUAACCCUCGUAAGGGGUCGAACUAUAAGUUUAAGAUGCUAUGCUAAAGCGAAUCCAAUUGCGAGUUAUGUGUGGUCGUCGAAUGGUUAUACGUAUUCUAAUGAGGCUUAUUUGAACACAACAAUUAUUGACAUGACUAUUGUUCAGUGCCUUGCUAUGAAUACUCUCGAUCCGACUGCGAGGGAACCGCGAACCACGUCUAGUUCAAGGAACAUCACUAUUAAUGUUUUAUAUGCCCCAGAGAAACCAACGGUUGAUAUUCACACAUGCGGUUUGAACAGAGCAUCGAAUGAAGUUAAGGUCAUCCAAGGCAAUUCCGUCAAUAUAACAUGUACUACAAACAGUAGACCAAAUCCAACCUAUUCAUGGAUACCUGGAGAAUUUGGGAAUGGCGAUAGUUUUGUUAUCAGCAGCGUACAAAGAGAACAUAGUGGCUCGUACAUAUGCAAAGUUGAGAAUGAAAUGAACACAACAUUUGAUGGAACUAUUAAGGGACAAAAUCAAUUCGACUUUCAAAUAGAUGUUUUAGAGUCAGUGGCUAUUUUGCCAAUUGGCAAUUAUACAGUUCUAUUGAACCAAACUAUGUUUGUCACGUGUCCUUACAAACCUGGAAAUCCAGCGGAAACGAGAUUCACGUGGUUUCAUGCCAAUUCGUCGACGAUUGGAUCGUAUCAAAAUCUUUCGUUACCUAGAGUACAGCUCAAAGACGAAGGCUUUUACAAAUGCAGAGUGAACAACACUAUGGAACCUACGGGUUGUUCUACUAAAGAGGCGUACAAAGAAACGACAUUUUUCAUGGAUGUGCAAUAUCCUGUCCAAAUACGUAGCCUUUAUGCCUUCGGCUUAAAUGUUACAUCUAAAAUAACCAUAAGCGAACGUCAGACCGUGAAGUUACUCUGCGAAGCAGAAGGUGACCCCGUCGCUAGACUACAACUUACAAAUAUUACAAAUAAAGGCAAUGAACGUUUACUGGUUGAAGCAAACAAUAACACAAUAUUCGCUACUGUUGUUAAGGCGAAAUGCGAAUAUGAUAUGGGAGUCUAUCAAUGCAAAGGGAAGAACGAGCACAAUGAGAUUCAACAGGUUCGCGAACUAGAAAUCACGAUAACGUGUUCACCAAGACCUUCACCAUUUUCUCCACCAAUUGCCACACUAUAUAGAAGAAGAAAUGCAUCAGCUAUUUUAACUUUCACUAUCGUCGCCAAUCCUCCUCCAAUUGACGCAUCAGCAUAUGUUUGGCGUAAGCAGGUAGUUGAUAAAUGGGCAACACUUCACAAUAACAGCAGAUUUCAAGUUCGUGUAAGAAAUGACAGUCUGCAGACCAACCUUUCCAUAUCGCAACUGCAAAUUGACGAUUUUACAAACUAUUCAGUCCGUGUGAACAAUUCUCUCGGAUCUACAGAGCAAACAUUUGUCAUCCGAGCGAAUGAGCAGCCCUCUGUGCCGCAACAACUUCUUGCCGUCGAUACCAUGGUUACUGAAAGUUCUCUUACAGUUCAAUGGACACCUGGGUUUAAUGGGGGUGAAGACCAAUGGUUCAUAAUCGGUUACAAAAAGGCAGCAGAUGAAUCCUGGACGUACAUUAAUGUAUCUUCAACAGUUACUCAAUUGAGUAUUCGUGAAUUAGUUGCGGGGACCAAGUAUGACAUAAAAAUGUAUGCAACGAAUAUAAUUGGCAAAUCUGAUGAAACUACUGUAUUGAGUGUGACAACACAACCUGAUAUUUCAGAUAACGGAUCCUCUCCAUCGGUUGGGGCUGCAGUAGGCGGUUCUGUUGCUGGAACUCUCGUGGCAGUCAUCUUGGCGGUGCUAUGGAAAUAUAGGAAAGCGUUUAAACGUAAACCUGGUGAAGCUGCUCAUUACGAUGACUUGUUCAAUAGACAAGCCGCUGUCCCUUCUUCAAAUACCAGUUCCGAAUAUGAAGCCUACAGAGUCGAAGCCCAGCAAACAAACCAGUACGAGACACUUGCGGAAACUUCUUUUCAUGAAUAUUCGGUUUUAUCACCUGGUGGAAAACAUGAUUAUAGUGUCAUGAACCGUGUAAAUCAAGUUACUGAAACUGAUCGUGCAAUCGUGAAUCAGGAAAACGCCUAUGUUAAUUUGUCAUUUUCGGAAACAUAAAUAGCGUUUCAUUUUGUAAUUGUAGUGAUUACAUCCGAAAACAUUUAUAGCGCAAAAUAAAGUAUUCACACAUUGAA